AUGUUACUUAUCGAUGACAUAGUGCUGAUUGAUGAGACGAGGAGCGGGGUCAAUGCGAGGCUGGAGGUUUGGUGGCAGACCCUAGAGUCUAAGGGUUUUAAGUUGAGCAGGACCAAAACGAAAUACUUUGAGUGUAAGUUCAGUGACGAGACUCAUGAAGCGGAUGAGGAUGUGAAGCUUGAUACCCAAAUCAUCCCGAGGAGGGGUAGUUUCAAGUAUCUCGAGUCUAUAAUCCAGGGUAACGGGGAGAUUGAUGAUGAGGUCUCCCACCGUAUCAGUGCGGGGUGGAUGAAAUGGAGCCUCGCAUCUAGUGUUUUGUUUGAUAAGAAGGUGCCACCAAGACUCAAGGAGGAUGAAAGUAGCAGAAAUGAGGAUGCUGAUAUGGAUGUAUGGCAUACUAGGAGAGAUAAGAUUAGGAAUGAUGUUAUUCGGGACAAAGUGGGAGUGGCUACCGUAGAGGACAAGAAGAGGGAGUUGAGGUUGAAAUGGUCCGUGCACGUGCAAAGGAGGAGUACGGAUGCCCCUGUUAGAAGGUAUGAGAGGCUGGUCGUGGCAGGUUUGAGAAGGGGUAGAGGACGUCCGAAGAAGUAUUGGGGAGAUGUGAUUAGGCAAGAUAUGGCGCUACUUCAGCUCACUGAGGGAAUCAGGCCAUGUGUAGUUCUGGAUUUAUCUGUGAAGUAUGCCGAUGAAAUUACUGAAAGAACGGACACGCGAUGCGGAAGCAGCUACGGUGAGCAGUUAAAGCUCGGAACGAUUGGAGGGAACUAG